ACCCAUAAACAAUUUCAGCAUUAAAUUUCACUUUAAGGAGCAGUAAAUAAUUCUGAAAUUAAUGCAUCAUAAUGUGGGAGAGAUGACUGAAAGACAUAAUUAAUGUUACGGUUACAAGAAUUUAUUUAUUUUACUUGUUACAAAGUUGUAUGCCUAGGAAUAUGAAAUUAAACUACUAGUAUCUUUCAGUAUCUCAAUUAUUUUAACAUACCUCUGAAGUUCAGAUUCUAUCACACAAAUUGACAACCUUACCAUGUGAUUUAGUAACUAAUAGUUUUAUCUGGACAAAUAAUGAUGCACCCUAGAUUUCAGUUGCAUUGAUAUAUUGUGCUUAUCAUGUAAAAUGAUGGAGACUAAGUCAUCUAUGCAGAGUUAGGUUACAAUUUAUUUAGAUAAUCCAGUGUUCACACUUCUCAAGUUUGAAUUGCAUUUUUUAAUUGAAAUUUUAUCUGACAAGUUUGGAAAAUCACCCCAAAUUUUCAUUUUCCUGCUGGAAACACUGCAUAAUUACUAUUGAAGAAAUACUCACAUUUUGUCGACAAUAAAAUGUGGAGGCUAAUUCCAAAUUAAAAAUGCCCUAAACUACAAUAUAUGUUGCAUCCUGCCUGUUUUUUCCAUUUCCUGUUCUGGUAGUGAUUUUCAUGAGAUCCACUAUAGCCUGUAUGCAUUGUUCAAGAACAAGCUUAUUGACAUAAGAAUUGAAUACUGAAAGUAUAUUUCAUUUUUGAAUUUUUCUUAGGUUAAGUUUGAUAAUUGGAUGAACAAUCACAGGACCUAUAGUCAGGUGUCGAUAUCUAGAUUUUAGAGAGUCAUGGUUGUGAUGUGCAUGAGUGUUUGGUCCCUAUUUUUCUUUUUCUUGUUUUCAUCUUAAACAACCAUAGUUGCUUGCUUAUUCAAUCGCUGGAUCAACCCACAGAUCGAUAGUCCACAGUAGUUUCCAAAGCAUUACAUACGUUUUUACUUAGGUAAUAAAUACUUACAUAACUGCACUAUAAGAGACUCAAGAAACAGAUUUUCACCAUACCCAUAGCAUACUCUCCCAUCUUGCUGCCUCAUUCCCUCUCAUGCCCCUCCUGAAUGCUCCAAUGGAGACCAAUAAGAGCAACUGCAGCGCUAUUUCUCUUCCUACCGGCUUCUCUAAUAUUAAUCUGAAGCAUGAAAUCCUAGAUGAUGACUUUGUCAUGGAUAAUAAUAUCUCACCAUCAAAAGGUUAUCUUCAAGAUUUCCAAGACCUCGGACAGCUUCUGGUGACAGCUUCAUUCUGUAAUUGGGAUACUGGGAUACACGCCAAUGGCUUCGAUCCAUUUGCUUCCCUUCCCCAUGGCUCUGUUACAGAUUUUGGUUUAUACAAGUUUAAGCCUUACGAGGAAAAUGGCGGCAUGCAUUCAGCCAUUCAGGACUUCCAGGCUGGUGGAUUCUUGAACUUUGCAGACAGGAAAGGUUUGUCAAUUGUAACUAAAACAGCUUCUGCACACGAUUCAAUGCCAUUAUGCUUUGCGGUUCCUGAUGAGAGCUCUUGUGUGACUGGUAAUAAUUCUGGUCACCAUAACAAAGAUGGCAGUAAAAGAAACAAUAAUACAGUUCACGCUAGUAAUAGCAACGUCAGUGAAUCUUUGUCUACCAAAAAGUCUGUUAGGGCCCCAAAGAAGUCCAAAUCAGCCAAGGGGCAGUGGACUGCUGAAGAGGACAGGCUCUUGAUCCAUCUGGUUGGGAAAUAUGGUGUGAGAAAAUGGUCUAAUAUUGCCCAAAUGCUAAAAGGCAGGAUAGGCAAGCAGUGCAGAGAGAGAUGGCAUAACCAUCUGAGGCCUGAUAUUAAAAAGGAUGUAUGGACUCUGGAGGAAGACAGAAUACUGAUUGAGGUUCAUUCUCAAGUGGGGAACAAAUGGGCUGAAAUAGCGAAAAGUCUCCCCGGAAGGACUGAGAACACCAUCAAGAACCAUUGGAACGCGACAAAGAGGAGGCAAUUCACCAGACGAAAAUGCAGGACCAAAUGGCCGAGGCCUAGUUCCCUCCUCCAGAACUACAUCAAGAGUCUCAACUUUGAGAAAGAGAGCAGCAGCAAGAGAUCCAAAAAGAACCAACCACCGGCCACUACUGAUAAUGGAAUCCUCAGCAACAGUUCAAUCACCACAGCUCAGGAGACGAACAUCGAGUUCAGCCUGGAUGAUCACAUGGUGCAGGAAUACGAGUUUGAUGAGAUCCAAGAUCUCACAUUUGAUGAUGAUAGCCUUUUCACUGGGAGCAGCAUCAACAUGUUGAUGGAUGAUGCCAUUCCGUAUGAAAUUGACGACGGACAAUGUUAUGGUGCUGGGCUUCCACUUGUCAUCCCUCCAUUGAUGCAGUGUGGAGUGAAGAAAGAGCUUGAUUUCCAUGGGAAUGUCUGAAAUAAGAAAUUUAAAAUGAGGAGGGUGAUAAUAAAUCUUUAUUAUGUUGUCUAUUUAUUUAGUUUUACUAUAGGGAUACUUGUUUUUUCUAAUCUAUGGCAUAAACGUGUAUGAUUUGCUACAAUGGAGUGGUUCAAAGUUGGAACAAUGUUAUAUCCUGUACUGUUUUAUUACUCUUUUAAAAAUAAUAAACGAAAUAUUUAUUGAAAAA